GGCGGAUUCACCUACAAGUACAAUAAUCGACUCAAUAAUAUUUGGGUAUCAUAACACUUCUAAACUAGAGAACGUAAAUUAUACGAAUAAUACCACUUCUAAACCGGUAAAUUUAUGACACAUGCGAAAAACAUGUUGUCUAUAUAGAAAUUGUACAUAAAAUAUUAUAAUAUUUUUAUUUUUCAAUCAAUCGUUUCGAGAAUUUGACAUUCCUAUUCGCUGGACUCGUUCGUUUUGUAACACUAGCAGCUGAGAAAUUUCCAACUGUUUAUAAACAAAACGCGCUGCACAAAUAGAACGGUGCAUAUAAUCAAACUGAAUGGAAUUCAUUAUACCGAUUAUUAUUAAUUUGUAUUAAAAUGAACAGUAAACGACCGCCUAGUAUUUUUUUUCAAAAUCAACCGCCUUAUACUCACUUCAAUAAACCAUUUGAAGACACUACCGACGCGCUUUUCUGUCAUUUGAACGAUGUGCAUCCAGUUUUCAUGAAUCCUGAACACCAAGCAAGUGAUUAUAAAUACGAAAUUCUGUUGGAUCCACGUAAUGGAAAAGCGGUGGAUAACAUUAUAUAUGACAACUCAGGAGGCGUAAAAGAAAGGGUUGGAUUUUUUCAAAUUUUACUGCCUUCCCAUAUGACGAAAAAGGAUCAUAUCGUAGGAUUACGCGUAUUAGAAGCAUGGCAAGAAUACAAAGAAGUAAACGAAGAGGAUGUGGUUCGUUGGCGAAAACUAGACAAGGCAAGAAUGAGAGACAAAACUCGAUUUGAUCAAUAUGUUAUGGAGUUCUUCCGCACACAAAAGAAAUCGAUUUUCGCGCCAUGUAAACGUUUGGUCAAUCUUUACAAACAAUUAUAUACCGCAAAAUUAAAACAAUUAUUAGAGGAAUAUCCAAAUAAUUUGGCAUUAAACACAUGUGCCGGUCUGCCACAUCCACAAAGUUUUAACGGUAGUCAGAAUAAGUAUUUGCACAUAGAAGAUGUUCGUUUAGUUACACGUCGCGGUUGGGUACCAGUGCUAGGAAACUAUGUUAAUAAAUUCCAACGAUUAAAUUCGUGGAUAGAAAACUACAUGGAUUAUUAUAUUAGUAACAUGAAAUCUGUAUCCAAACACGAUAAUACAUGGCAAGAAAGUAUAAUAUCUGAAAAACCAGCGCACCAGAUUUAUAUACCAUUGGAAUCGCUAUUAUUUCUAUUGACAGCAGGCAGUGGCGCUGACUUGCCCACCGAAGUGCCUCUGGACAUUGCGGAUAACAGUGAAGGAAAUUUUAAAAUUAUAAAGUUUAAAGAACCGUUUCCACCCCGCGUUUGUGGUUGGUUUGCGCACAAACAAGUAGUGGAAAACGCAUUUGAAGCUUUGUUGAGUAGAAAUAACGAUACGCAGUGGUUGCAUGUGGAACAUUAUGAUGCCGAAUUGCGAAAAAAUAAAGAAGCACCCGAAAUUAGAGCUGUCAAUCAUUCGGACACGGAUUUUCGUGUAUACAAAAUUGAUGAGUAUUUAGAAAAAUUCACGAAUACAAAAGCUGAAGACUGUAUCAAAACUAAUUAUGCUGUUAUUGAAUGGGAUCUCAAUGGAAAGAUAGAUGAACAGAACACAACACAAUUGCAAUUUUUUACAAAAUUAAAAUGUUCACCAUCAAAUGAUGAAUAUGGCGUACAAUUAUUAAGCAGUCACCCACUCAAAUUAGAAUAUAAACCACAAUUCGGUGCCGAAGAAAUGACUAAGUAUGAAUUAAUACAAGAAUGGUUGCGAAUAAAGUUGUUUGGCCAGUGUAGAGGAUUUUCCAAUUACGCUAUAUGUCUUCGUAUUGCAGCGAAUGACUUCAGCAUGGAGUUGGAGCAUAAAAUAUUGUUAACAGGCAUCGAGAAACAACUCGCUGAAUUGCAUCAAAUAAAUAUGCCCAAAUUGCUAACAGGACUAGCAGAUACUUUAAAUUUAUUGGCGAAAAUGCCAACAGGAAAAUAUUUCUUGCGUUUCAAUUCAAAAUUUUCCAACACACUCUUGCUGUCAGCUCCAUCUAAAGAAAUCACUUCGAGCACAGUUUUCUUACAUUCCCUUAUUCAGGAGGAACCCUCCGAUUUAGUUUUUAUGACAGAAGUUCAGCACUUGCCAAUAAAUGACUCAUUGUGUAGUGCUCUACAUAAACACUACAAAAUUAUACCUUGUGCAUUGAGACCACGACUUCCGCAUCAAACACAACCCAAAAAAAUUAGCAAAGUACUCAGUGACGAGGAGUAUAUACAACGGCGUAUUAAGGCUAAAUUGGAAUCAGAGAAGAAAAGGAAUGAACAACGUUUGCAAUUAGUUAAAGCUCUUCGAAAUAAAGUCAAAGCGAAAAAGGCUUUGCAACGGCGAAAACGUAGAGAUGGCGGGAAAGCUAAUGAAGAAGCUCUGGAAAAAUUUAUAAAUGAAUUUUGAUUAUAUUAGACAUUUUAUUUGCAAAAUAAGAUUGGUUUCUAUUAAAAAACCAUUUGUGUAUUAUUUAUUAACUUAAAUUACUUAUUUAUACCACGAAUUUAAUUAGUAGCGUUAGGUUAGGCUGAGUUUUUCGAAUUCCUCGGCAGAGAUCAUUUCAACAUCAGUAUAUGUUGGUGCUUCUCUUGCCGUCCAAAAAGAAUUUUCGGGUGCAGGUAGUGAUGCCAUAGGAAAUACAUGUACUGACAAGUCAUUAAAAACAUUGUGUGUCUCGUAGUCAUCAUCCAAUUGAUAUUCUUUUGCAUAAGGCAGCACAUCUAAUAUAUAACCCGAAUCUAACCUUAAUAAACGCUCCGGUUUGCUAAGCGACAAACUUUCAAAACUAUUAUUUAUAAGUACCAAAUGUUUUAUACAUUUUGGACGCCAAUUGCUCCAUAGCAAAUUGUUGGUCAAACAAUUCGGACAAUGUGGCAGAUAAAAUAGUGUGCGCUCAUCUAUGGCAUACUUUGCUUCACAAUUUUCCGACAUUAGCGCACAAUUGAGGCGUUGCAAUAUUUGUUUUUCACUCUCACGAAAUACUGGGUCAAAGUAUAUAGCUUCUUCUAUGCUAUAAUGCCGUUGUGUACAAAUAAUGAAAGCCAGCUGGUGUAAUGCUUGGAAGUUGCGAGAGAAAGGACCGAUGCCAAAACAAACUAGACGCGAGAUCUUCUCAUUGUCCGUCAGCGCCUUGAGGCUUUCGUCCACAGUCUCCAUUGCCUGUAUAAAAUAAUCACUGCCCACCAUUUGCGUGCAUAACUGUUCCAGGCGUCUAGGAAUUAAAAUAAAUUAAUUUUGGAAAAGAACCAAAUUCCAGCCUUUCGUUGUACUUAAGAAAUAUCUCCACAUCCACUUCUUUCUCGUCUUUUUCAUUACACCGUUCCGAUAACUUUCGUAAUCUGGGGUUUAUAGAUCUGCGUGCAAUCCAUUUUUUCCUUGUGACUGCGCGAAAUUCUUCAGACAUAUUGCAGAACGUUGUUUUAUUUAUUCCACUUUACAAAUAUAAAUAAUUAAAUUUUUUAAUUCAAGAAACUCUACUUGGUAUCCUUACCGUUGACAGUUUAUUUCGUUGUUUAAUUCGUAAACACGCUGUCUUUAAACAGAGAGCGUACGUUCUCUGUUAUAAUUUUAACACAGUUUUAGAAUAUUCAGCUUCUUGUAUGGUUUCAUAUUUCAAACCAUAUAACGUAAAUUAUAUAUAAAAUGCGUUCUCUGUUCAAACUUGUGUCCGACGUUUGGAAGUCAAAUUAAUUUAAAUAAUUUUGCUUAUAGUGCAUUAAAAAAACCAUAUUUAAACGAAAUAUAGGAACAAAUGUUUUAAAUAUAUUGAAAAUAACACUGGCCUAUACUCUUUCCAGUGCCACAGAUUUUUGACCUGAUUUUUGUCUAGCUUGUUCUUAUAGUAUUUCUUAAUACAGGCAACAAAUCCAAAUGCUGAAGGGACCAAAUUCACCAUGCUCUGUCAUAUUUGCAUCCAACGACAGCAUUUCCGUUGUUGCUUAGUGUUGCACUUCCGAUUUCCUCUAGUGCAGUGUAUGUGGAAUUAAAAUUGAGAUAUUUGCAUUUUCGGCUAACUCACUUACCGACUCCCUUCGCUGUUGCGAGCAGAUCAAAACGAAGAAGAAACUUGUUUACUUCGGUACUCUGCUGUGGUGAAACUGGCCGCGACGACUUUCUGGCACACAUGAACUUACCAGGCGAGUGAUCGUACGCCAGUCGCGAACGAGCAGGGCUGCAAUUCAAACGUGUAAAACGGACAAUAAACGGGAAAUAGCUUUGAUCGUGUACGAAUAGUGAAGUACUAACACGCUUAAACGAAUUUUCUUCAGUUAUUUACAAUUUAAUGCUUUGUGUUGAACAACGCAUAGUGGCAACGAAAUAAUUAAGGCAAACUUAUUUAUGUUUACAUAUAUGUGAUUAAUUGGCCGUUAAAAAGAUUGAUUGUGAAACACUGUGUAAAACUGAUUUGAAAAGUGUCACACACACUUAACGCGUGUAAGCACUUCAAUUUGCAUAAAUUUUUUCGACAUUUUGCACCUCUUUUAUAUUACUUUGAGGCAGCGCUGAAAGUCAUUGAAAGUAUACAUAUAGUCACAGCAUAAAUAAAAAGACGCAGUGCAAAUAACAACAACAACAGUAGUAACAUUUAAGAACAAAAUCGACACUAAGAAUAACAGCCGGCUUGUGUAGCCACAAAAUAUCGGCAAUAUUACUUUUCUGCUGACGCCACCAUUUCACAUUUGAACGAUAAAGUGAAUAUCGACAGUGAAGGGAGAUAUAAAACGACUACGAAAAAGGAAGUUCCCAACACCGAGUCACGUCACUAUCAGCGCCGAUUGGUGUCUUUAAAAAGCACCAUAAGCAAAGAGUUAAUGCAACUUUAGAAGACUUCCUCAAUUAAGCAGCGGCGGUUAAAUACAAAUUUAGCAUACAUUUGAGACUAUGGCCAGAGAGUUUCUACAAUCUUAAACACCGCCUCCUCUUGCUUUACGUGCAUAAAAUCACAAACGAUUAACCGGAUUCGAUCUUCACCACAAUAUGUCCUCAUCGAUAUGUCCACACUUUACGCAGAACGCGUGGAAGAAAGAUCUCUGUUCCAAUUGCUUCAAAUCUAAAGACGAACACAAGGCCGGCAACUCCACUUACAAAUACACCAGCGCCAUGGAUAGAUCGAAAUUCACCACGAAUUUAAUGUCUAAACUCGAUUUGGAUAAUAAAAAGACUGAUUACCCUAACAAGUAUAAAUCACCUGCAAAAAGCAUUAUGAAAAAGUCCUUUGCUUCGCUCAAAACAAAAACAAGCAAAGGCAAAACGCAUAAGGUGACCUUUCCGAAGAACAUCUCCGAGGUUAUUGGUGUUGGCGGUGAAUGGUCCGACAACGACUCGGAUGACGAUGAUGAUCACGAUUUCAUGAAUAUUGGCAAUGAACGCGACGAUAAUGCCGCCACCAGCACCGACGACGAGGAAACACUCGAGCUGAAGCGCAUCACGCGUGCCAAUACCGACUUCAACAUGAACAAUGGCAAUUUGUUAGGCGAUCCCCAAGAGAAUAUUAAGCGUUCAUUUGCCGCGCUGAAACUCGGCGCACCACAAGUCGAUAAGGAGGGUAAAAAGCAAACGCUCAAAAUAAAUGUUACACCAUUUGGAGCUACAGGGUCCACUGACAGUACCAAAACAGCAACAUCGUCGAUAACUGCCACAACAGCUAAGGCUAAGUUUGAGACAAAAGUGAGUGAACCGAGUGAGCCGACAAUGGUGACCAAACAGUGUGCAACCGUUGUUAAGUCAAUAAAGAAGACAACAACGGCAGCACCGCCAGCGACAGCCAUAGAGAAUGCAACGAAGAUAACAACAACAACGUCGACGAAAACCACAACAUCUUACAUGACAGCCAGUGCAAGCAGUUUGUUGAGCUCGGCGCAAGCUAAGCAAGAAGCUUUGGCGGCGAGCGAUAGCGAUGGCAAAAAUAGUCCACCCAUCGAACGCGCCAUGGAGAAAUCGCUGUUGGACGAGAUUUCCGAAACAUUGGAAAAGAAACAGAGCGAAAGCAAAAAACUGGCCAGCGAAAAGGAGGUGUCCAUCAACUCAACUACAAACGGCGGUAGUUCAAGCGCGGUCAGCGCCACGAAUGGCACACUCUUAGCCACAACGGCUUCCACAGCCGCGCCGUCAAAGAUCAAAUUCGAGAUUAGCAGCCUGAGCGACGCGGUGGAGAAUAAGCCAUUUCUUGACCUUAAGAAGCCGAUCGCACGCAAUCCACCUAUUACAAAGGAUCAUGCCAAACCCAAAAUAAAUGUCUUCCAUAAAUACUCGGACAGCGACAGCAACUGUUCGGACAACGAGAAUGGCAUCUCGGCAUACUAUGAUGUUGUCGAAACACAAAUAAGCUACGAGAAUCUGCCAGACGGCAAAUGUGAUGCGCAAGAUAAGCCAAAUGCGGUCAAUAUCGGAACAGCCACAACCGCAGCUACAGCGGAGAAUAAGUGCAGCAAGAAUGCAAGCAGUAAGAACGAUACUUCCAUCUUCUCUAGUUCGCAAUACAUCACGGACAUGUUGUUGUCGUCGAAGACACGCGCUGCCUCAUACAAUCUGCACGAAGGCAACUUUAUGACCAGCAAAAUAACAUCCGACGGGCUGAUUGUAACCAAGUGCAGCUCUGACGAUGCACUCGACUCGACCGGCAGCAGUUUCGAUGGCAGCAGUGAUGAGGAAACCUCAUACAAUAUGAUACGCAGCGAAUCGGACUCUGGCAUCGGCAUCAGCAUUGGCAAUGAAUACAAGAAUUGUGGCGUUGAAAAGGAACGCGUGCGUGUCGAGAAGAAGCUAAGUGUGAGUACCAACAACUCAGACUACGAGGAUAUCCAAGUGGCGAAUCAAACCAACACAACAAACACGGGCAAAGCCACAACAAAGGUGACAACAACAGCAACUCCAGCAACCACAGCGAAGUCAGCUUUCAUAUUGGAGAAGAGCAGAGAGUUACAUGGCGAACCAGAUGGCAGUGCAGAUCCGGAUGGGCGUCUGGAAAACAAAGAGUCAAAUGCGGCCCAACUGCCAGCAUUGCCUAAAUCACCGCCACCCACGAAACUGAUAGAUGCACGUCCCUCCUUCUUACAUGGUCUGCAGAAGCAGCAUGCACCAAUUUUGCUGAAGAAACCGGAUCUUCCCGCAAAGCCGGUGGUGUCGCCAACUUGCACACCGCUGAAGACAUUUUUCAGUAAACGCGCGCCAACAAAUGCAGAGCAACAAGUCAUCAAUCAAUUACACUUGGUGAUGUCAAAAUCCAAUGAAAACUUAAACUUGAGCGCUGUAACGCCAGAGGCACUAAAAGAUGAUGCCAAGCUAAAGAAGGGCCGAGCGCCAAAUCCGCCGCCCGAGCAAAAAACUAGCGCACCACCAACGCCCGAACGCGACUACAAUGUUGCGCUAGAAUUCGAAAAAGCACGCGCCAAAACAAUCGAUGUCGCGGUGGAAGAGAAAUUUACCAAAAAAGUCACCGUUACAGAACAACAAUCGGCGCCGCCUACAGCUCAAGCACAAACUGAAACCGAGAAACAAGCUAAUAAUGAACAGAGUAUUGACACUAAAACGUCAGUUGAUCGCUUGGAAGCAGACAAGUCGAAUGUUACAUCUUUUCAGCCGACAAGCGAACAAACAACAACAGCAAUAGCCGCCACACCCGGCGCUGCUAAUGCGGCCGUAUCUGCCAUGGCUAAUUCAAACAGCAUUUAUACGCGCAAAGUAGCGCCAACAACAGCAACGAACGCUGCACACAGCAAUCUUACGAAUAGUACAAAGAACGCCUCAUCGCCGGUUAUAAGAGAGAAGGACAAACGUGAGCGCGCCACUGUUAAUCCGAAAUUCCGCAGCCUCAAUACAUUUGUGACUCAACGCAGCAAUGCGCUGAAGAACAUGCAAUUGCAAACGGCUACAUCAUCACUCAGCCUCAAGCAAUCGCUUACACCAGAGCCACUGCCGAAGAAUCAUAAGAACCUGUCUCUGUCCGAGGAAUGUCUGCCCGAUGUGACACAGACCAAAAUGAUGUUGAACCUGCCAGCAUUACCGCCGACAAGUGACAAAAAAUUGUUGGCAUCGCAACAGCAACCACAGCAGCCAACGCCGCCACAAAAGACCAAGACGAAAUUUUCGAUUAAGAAAUUCUUGCGCAUGGGUGCCAGCAAAACGACUGACAAUCUACACAAAAAAGAUGGUAUCUACUCGGAGAUUUGUACGGGCGAGGAGGCGGGUGUGGUAGGUAAGCCACGUUUAGUGAUCAUUCAUCCGAUCGACAUUAAUCCGACCGCCGUGGAAGUGGUCAAAGAUAUAACAAAGACCAGUGAUGCGGUCACAGCACAAACAGUGGCCGUGGUGACGGCCAAACCGCCAGCACCGCCAUUGCGUAACAUGGACGCACAACGUUCGCACGAGCUAAACAAACCGGCACGUCCGCCGCCGCCAAAAAGCGCCGAGUUACGACGGAAGCAAGCAAGCAUCGGUCUAAAUGCCGUUUCUAUGUCAGUGACGGACUCGCCGGUUGGCCGCAAGCCCGGCGGGCUAAGUACGUGCGAAGCAGGUGGUUCUAUAAAAUUAAAGGCGGACAAUGUUUAUGCCAAUUUAGGCGAAAUUCGCUCAUCGAUUGCACCGCGCAAACCAGAGCGUACGGCCAGCAUGCGGGAGCGUGAAGCACAAUUGGAAUUGGCACGUAAACGACAUGCCGGGACGCGCAAUGAAAACGCCGAUACUAUCUCGAUUUGCUCGUCAAACGGUGAUAAUGUAUCGUUCGAAAAUAACAGCAACAACAAUAACAACAACAAUAGCCUUACGCACACUUCAAUCAAUCCCAAUGGUGCAAUCGCCGCCAACAGUAACAAGCGAAACACAAUCGCAACCAACGCAAUGAGUCCACAACUUUCCCCAGCCGAUAGAGCCAACACGCCCACAGCAACAACAACAACAACAACAAUAGCGAGUGAUGGCAAACCACCGAUCGGCAGCCGUACGAGUACCUUUGAACGUCGCAAAAGCGACCCAAAAAUUGCAAUCGCCAAUAAAAUGGAAAUUUUCGAAAAUCGCACAAUUGGCAACGGCAGUGGCAGUGCGACGUUCACCGUCAGCCACAACGAAGUGCGUCCGACCAGUUUAAAGGAUUCGGUGCGUAAAAUUAACAGCACAAUUGACAGUUACUUAAAGGACAAACGCGAUUACGAGAAUAUGUAUGAAAUGGUGAAGAGUCCCUCGUCGCCACCAUUGCCGCCGACACGUUCCGUGGAUUUGACCGCCGGCCAGCGUGUGUUGCCGCCACGCCGUAACAAUAAUAACAGCAAUAUAUAUUCGGACACAAUGUCGGUGGCGAGUUACACGCGCAGCGAAUAUGGACCGGGACGCAAUUACGGAAUGAACAAUAGUUUAGCCAACAUUCCACGCAUUAUUUCCGCUUCCUAUUGUGGCAGUGAAGCGGGCGAAUUCGAGAUUUAUGCGCCGUACAGUUAUUACGGCAGCGAGGCAGGCGGUGAUGUAGCUACAGACAUCAAUGACAGCGUAUGGGGCAUACCAUCGGCCAUCAAAAAUCGUACAAAGGCUACAAAUCGUUUGCGGAUGCGCAAAGGACGCAGCGUCGUACACAAAACCAUAGAGGACAAUUACACCGCCGUGGUUGUGGCUAACCACGAGGCCUUGGCGCAGGUGCUCGAUCAGCUCCAGCAAACACCUGUCAUACCGGCGGCGCUCCGACCUCUAGCAAAUGCCAUUAAUUUACGGUUUGAAGAUUUCCCCAUAUUGGAUGGCGCACAAGCGUUCGUUGUCGGUAAGAAGGCUUUCCAUGCGGCGCUCUGGACCACAGCACCCGUUACACUGGCACUCUCGGCCGAUUGCAAUCAACUUUCCGGUGUGGGUGGCGAAUUGAAUCAGCUGUCGGGUGGCGUCAGCGGUGUACUCAAUCCCAUAACGGAAUUUUGCGAUAUAGUGCCCAGCUAUCACUUGCCGCUCAUGCCCUCGACAGCAGUGACCUUGCUACAGGCCACAAUAUCGGUGUUGCCACGUUUGCAAUUGGAAACGCUGCAGUCGAUCGGCGGCAUAUUGAAGGGCAAAUCGCACGUGCUCGACAAGAGCAACUUCAAUUUCCGUGGUUCCAUACCGAAUUUGGCCGCUGCCGGCUUGAAGGAUAGCGCCGGCGUAAAUGCGCUGCGUAAUGUCAUGUCCGUGCAGAAUUUGAGCACACUCAACGAGGAGUCAUCACUGGAGAAGUGUGGCGGCGCAUCGCUGGAGUCGGCGACCGAUAAUACCAACACAGCGGCAGGCAUGCCGGCAUUUGACGAUGUCAUGACACGUGAAGUGGCUUUCAUAAUGCUGCAACUGGUGAAUGGUAUGAAGAAUUUGCAAGCGAAGGCGAUCGAGGAGAUGCCACUGAGUUUGUCAAAUGUAGUGCUGUCGAAGGAUGUGGAGAAUAAGGACGCGCAGGCACGUCUCUGCGUGUUGCAAGGUAGUAACAACGACGAGGACGAACCCAUGGGCACACUCUGCAAAUGUGCACACAUCGCGCUUACCGAAUUGCUGCCAUCCACUAAGAUCACGCCCAUCCUAGCCGAUAUACUCUUGCAAGAGCGCGCUGAAUCGCUAUCGAAAUCGAAAUCCGUCUUGGAAUUCGUGCUCUGGGGUCCAUCCGAUGUUGUACUCUCCGGCUCCACGAAAGAGCGCGAACUGGCGUUGCAGCGUUGGUUGGAUUUGGAGCGCGCCACCGUGUUGCACGGCCUGGUGCGCACGCGUGUCGAGCUCACCGUCUACGAUGAAUGCCAUUUGAUGUUCUUGGUGCGUUCGACGGCGAAAAUGAUGAACGAUGCGGCGAAAAUUGUCUGUAGCUAUCAAAAAUCGACGACGGAGCUGUCGCAAUCACAGCAGCGUCAGCAAGCGGAUUAAUGUUUCCAUUUAAGGGUAUGUAAAUAUAUAAACUUUUAGCUGAAGUGGUUGUUGUAGUGUGAGUUAGGUUAGAAAAAAAAUAGAUUUAAGAAAAUUGUUUCACGAAAAAAAUGUGUAUGAAAUUGGAACAACAAAACAAAUUCGAAAUUUCUAUUUUUGCUGCAACUCGUUGUCCAAAUUUAGACCUUAUUUAAUGCUGCAUUUAAAAUUAUUUAUUCUGAACUGAAACUCUCGAUAUUUCUAAUGAUUCACAUUUUCCAUCAAAAAAAGUUAAAAAAUUAAAAGUAAAUUAUAUUACCGUUAUUUUUUACAAAUAAUAUCACACUAACUAUUUUUUUUAUAUUUAAUAUUUAUAUAGUCAAUGUAAUUAAAUUUCAGAAAUUUUGAAAAUAAAAGCAUUUUUUGCUUUUAAGCUCACCUCUAAUGUAAAUUCAUAUAAAAUAUUAGAAAAUUAAUAAAAAAUGUUUUUUGAAGGUUUUAAGUAGUGCAGUUUUGUAUUUUGCUGCUUAACUUGUUUCUGUAAAGAAAAAUACAUAUAUAAACAUGCCAAUUAGCAGCUCAAUUUUUUAGAAAAUAAAAUUUGUUGUUAUAUACAUACAUUCGCUUCACUACAAAAACACUAAAAAUAUUUAGAAGUCUUUCGCUUAUGUAAAGUGCCAAAUUUAUCAAAAUAUUACAAAAAACAAUCGAUAAAAAUUUAAAAAAAUACAAAUAUUUUAUAUGUGCUCUCUACCUACUUUCCAAGCCUUAACGUACUAUUAAUAACAAAAUAUGCACAUGGCAAUUUAUA